AUGGUUAGUGUUGCGCAGAGACUCAUUUUGAAGCGCAAGAAGGCGCAGGGUAAGCGCCAGAAACAGAAUAAGCGCCAGAAGUCCGGCUCGAAGGAGGCGCGGUUUGUUACCGAGGACAAACUGCAGUGGAAACCGGUGCAGGUUCCAGACACCCUGGACGACUACGAGGGGUUCUACGGGCUGGAGGAGAUCGACGGCGUUGACGUGAAGGUUGAGGACGGAAAAGUGAAGUUUGUUGUUCGGGGAGAACAGGAGAAGGAGACAGAGACGGAGCAGGAGCAACCAGAAGAGACAGAAGAGCAGGAACCGCAAGAACAGCAGGACGAGACAGACUCUUCACCAGAAGCCGUCCAGGACGAGCUCGACUCGAAUGUGUUUUCCUCCCUUACCGAGGAUCUACCAGAGGACGUUGAUAUGCCCGAGUGGAGCUCGUUGCAGCUAUCUGCGCACACUUUGCAGGGACUGCAGAAACUCGGCUUCACCAAACCCACAGAGAUCCAGAAGACCACGAUACCUCUGGCCAUGGACGAAAAGGACGUGAUUGGAAAGGCCAUCACCGGGUCCGGUAAGACGUUGGCGUACGGAAUCCCGAUUCUCGAAAAAGCAGAAGCUACCAAAAAAGACCAUCCAAACGGAAUCAUUUUUACUCCGACCAGAGAACUGGCCAACCAGGUUAUGAAACAUCUCCAGCAGUUGUUCAAGUACACGCCGCUUCCGGAGAAGUCGGUGAUAUCUUUGACGGGAGGACUGUCGAUCCAGAAACAGGAGCGUUUGCUUGGGCUCAAGCCCAGAGUGAUCAUUGCUACUCCGGGCCGGUUUCUGGAACUAUUGGAGAAAAAGACAGAAACGGCUGUCCAGCUUGCGUCUUCCGACAUUUUAGUUUUCGACGAGGCCGACAGACUUCUCCAAGACGGCCAUUUUGAGGAACUGACCAAGAUCUUGGAGAUUUUGUACAACCACCGUCCGAAACAAGGGUUUGCCAAAUUCCAGUCGCUCGUGUUCUCUGCCACAUUUUCCAAAGAUCUCUUUGGAAAGCUGGCGAGAUCGCACAAAACCUCCACCGACUCAGAAGAGGAGGUGAUCAAGAUGUUGUCGAAACAGCUCAAGUUCCGUUCCAAGCCAGAAUUCGUGGACGUCAACCCUACAGAGACCAUUGCCAACAGUAUCACCGAGGCGAUGAUUCCAUGCGGAGCCCAGGAACGUGAUCUGAUGUUGUACUACUUCCUGACGAUGUUCCCCGGCGUGACACUUGUGUUUGCGAACGCCAUUGACUCGGUGAAACGUCUUGCUCCGAUGCUCAACAGUCUGGGAGUUCCGUCUGUUUCGCUGCAUUCGUCGAUGAUCCAGAAACAGCGGUUGCGGUCGCUGGAACGGUUCAAGGCCAACUCCGAGAAAGCCAUCAAGGAAAACAAGUCUUCUGUGCUAAUAGCUUCGGAUGUUGCUGCCAGAGGACUGGAUAUUCCAGGAAUCCACCACGUUGUUCAUUACCAUAUUCCGCGCACAGCAGACACGUACAUCCAUCGGUCGGGAAGAACCGCCAGAGCCGGUAAGGAGGGUGUUUCGAUAAUUCUGUGUUCUCCUAACGAGGCAUCUGGGCCAUUGAAACAGCUGAGGAAAACCGUUUCCAAUAAAGACGUGGAUGAUAUGAAGACUCUGCCUUUGGAGAUGGAGAUUCUGGACCAGCUCCGUGAACGACUGGAGUUGAGCGCCAAGCUCGCACAGGCAGAAAUCAACAACCAGGUGGUGAAUAAGGAAAAAUCAUGGAUAGAAAAAGCAGCAGACGAGCUGGGAAUCGAGGACCUGAGCGAUCUGGAAGAAGACGACUUCCUUAAAAGAGACAGAAAGAGAAAGGAAGGAAAACAGUUAUCGAAACAGGACUCGAAAGUUCUCAGAGCACAGUUGAAACAGCUACUUAAUCAGCCACUCAGAAAAGGGGGCAGAAGAUCGUACAUUGCAGGAGGUUUGACCAACGUGGCAGAUAUCCUUGCUCGUGGAUCCCAAAGCAACAUCCUCGGAUACAACCACAAAGACGCCCUGGACAGCACCGAUUCCACCGAAUCCCUUCACGAACUGCGCUCCUUCGGAAGAUCUAUCAGUAACAAAUUCAAGCGUAGCACCGUAAUUUUUGUAGUUUUCAGCCAACCAUUCCAAAAAUGGCAUUUCGUCCACAAUCUCCAUCUCUUGACCAGUGGCCUUGUCGAGCAUGUAAGUCUUAUCUUCCUGAGAAGGAGAAGCGUGAGCAAUAACCUCGUUUCCUUCAGAAUCCUUCAAUGUGUAUCUAACGGUGUCAAGACCCUCAUAAACGAUGAUGAUCUCACAAGCUCCCAAAUCAAGAGCCUUAAGCGUAUCGUCAAUUCCGUAACAGAAUUUACCGGUAUCUUGCGAAAUCUCGUCAAAGUACUGUGUGAUCAGUUUCUUUUCCUGGACAAACUUGACGUUGGACAAAGUCUCAGCAGACAACUCGAUGGCCUGGUUAAAUCCGUUUUCUCCUCCGUAAGAGAUAUCAACCAACUUCAAAAUCUUGCUUUGCAAUCUACCGUCAAACAUGUCGGAUCUACUCAGCUCGGUCUUGAAAUCAGCACUACCGGCCAGAAUCAAUCCAGCAACAGUCACCUUGUCGUUAGAAAUGAAGUUUUGAACAGCCACCUCGGCGACUUUUCUGACAUAGUUGUGUCUCUUCUCGUCUCUCAAUCUGGAGAAACGCAAUGCCGAUUGUCCACCUCUUCCAUGCUUCUUCGGCAGAUCAACUGUGAAUUUGUGCAAAACUUCUCUGGUGUUACCGGACAGAGUACCAAACAAGGCUCCAUUACCGUCCAUCACAAUGAAACCAAAUCUGUCGUCACUUUCAAGCAAUUCGGACAGCGCCUCGGUGUGGAACUUGUUAUCACACAAAUACAGCGAGGUAUUGAUAGGCUUGAAAGGCUCGAAUCCAAUGGUGAGCUUCUUUUCUUUACCUUGCUCAGUAAUAACUUCACCACAGUACACAAUCAAUCCGUUUGGAGGAACAGAAUUGUACAACUUGAGUUUCUGCUGGGUAGAUGUGAUUGCAGAAAGCACAGAAAGUCUGUUCACACGCGAUUUGAUGUUGGAAGCGGUUCCGUACUCAUCAGUCAACAUUUUUUGGAUCAUUGGGAUCUGACCUUUUGGAGGAAUAAUCAGAGAAAUCAUAGAGGUACCGUUACCUCUGGCCUUUUCCAGCGAUUUGAUCAAUUUCUUGACCUUCCACAUUUGGACGUUCUUCUCCGCCUCAUCUUCAGUGAUUGUUGGCGCCAUGUUGUAAGAAUAAAAUUAAACAAAUGUUUGCCUUGA